AUGAACCCCACAAACAGUCCACCCCACCAAACCAGCCUAGCGGACUAUCAGUACCAGCAGGCUUGCGGAUAUGUGCCCACUGCCCCCAAGCAGCCCUCAGCCACAUACCUUGCCUGGGCCCUCAGCCCCGGUAACUACUUGGCUGGCCAUCCUCAACCACAGGGCAACCAGCAAGGCCAAAGUUACUCCCAAAUCUCUGCUCACCAGCAUUCACAGGGCAACUACCUGCCAACAAACCUUGGCGCACUGAAUCAACACAUCCCCCGCCUUGCAACCCCCUUGCCGGCUAGUCUCCCAAACCCGCUGGCCCUACUUCCUCUAGCAACACCAGUAUCACCAACAGCAACUGCAUCAGGUUCCCUGGCCACCAGAGCCAAGAAAGCAGGCAGGGCCCCAACGCGCAAGGGCAAACUAACACCGCAGCAAAUGGCGCACAAUGAGGACGCAGCAGCCCUAACCCCUGUCAACAGGGUGAAGAAGGCAGCAAACAAGGCCACCACUGCACAGGAAAAAGUUGUUGCAAAGCAGACAAAGGCACUCCAUUGCCUGGACAAAUCAUCCACUAUUGUCCCUUGCUUGGUAUAG